GCAAAAGUUUAGAGCGUAACAUUGUACAAGUAAAAAAUCGCACUAGCAUCAUUUCUAGCUUCAAAAGCGUUGUUGCAAAAAUUCCCGAUGCCGAACAUGCAAGAAGUUAUAAAAAUUCUAUUCUUGAUUAUGAAACACAACUUCACAAUAUAGUUUUCAUGGUUGGUGCUAAAUUAGCUGAUGCUAAAUCUGUACCUACGA